AUGCCAUAUACGCUCGUGCUUCUCCGACACGGCCAGUCCACUUGGAAUAAUCUCAAUCUCUUCACCGGCUGGGUGGACGUCCCACUUUCCGAGAAGGGCACCCAGGAAGCCAAACAAGCCGGCACGCUGCUGAAAAAGUACUCAAUAUAUCCAGAAAUCGUGUAUACAAGCUGGCUACGCCGCAGCAUCAACACCGCCAACUUGUGCUUGGACAACUCAGACCGACAUUGGAUCCCUGUCAAGCGUGCUUGGGAGCUCAACGAGCGCCACUACGGCGGCCUUCAAGGCAAAAACAAAGCCGAAGCCGCUGAGAAAUUCGGUGAAGAGCAAGUCCAUAUCUGGCGAAGGAGUUACGACAUUCGACCGCCAGAGCUUACCGAUUCCGACGACGGCGCGUCGCAGUCAAGCCAGGAUCCGGAUGGCCGAUACGCACAAGGCGGAAUCAAGGUCCCGAGAACCGAGUGUCUGAAAGACGUCUUGGAGCGUGCGUGGCCUUACUGGUUAUCAGAUAUACUGCCAGACUUGAAGAGCGGAAAGACAGUAUUGGUUGCUGCGCACGGAAACAGUUUGAGAGCGAUCAUUAAAGGUCUGGAAGGGAUUAGUGAUGAAGACAUUCCGAACCUUGAGCUCCCGACUGGUAUUCCCAUUCUGUAUGAACUGGACGAAAGUCUGAAAGUGGUUGGUAACGGUGGUAAAGGAAAAUUACUGGAAUGA